AUGAUUUCGGCCAUCGUUAAUAGCAUAUGGGCAUUGAUCGUCUUGCGAUGUUUCCAAGGCGUUGGAGCAUCUUGUGCGCUUUCGAUCGGUCCGGGUGUAAUUGCUGACUGUUACCCUGUCGAAAAGCGUGGCGCUGCUUUUGCGAAAUUCUAUUAUGGCGUAUUUGUCGGUCCACUCAUAGGACCGGUUGUGGGAGGCGGUUUAAUCAUGACAAAUCAAACGUGGAGGGCCACCUUUUGGUUUCUGCUCGCUUAUGGUAUUGUUGUGUUGGCCCUAGUAUUUUUUGCCUUACCAGAAACGUAUCGCGAUAAUGCUCGAUUUGAUAUCGACCAGUUUCAUGAAAACGUUGGGCAUGAAGGAGAAAAGCAAGGACCUGUGAAGCAGCAACAACAUCAAGAAGAUCGCGAAGAGAAACAAGAGGAAACUACCGCAUUGGUCAUCGCCAAGUCGAAACGAAUGAACCCUAUUGAACCAUUCCUUAUGCUUCGACAUCCAUUCGUGUUUUUGGCAUCGAUGAUUUGUGGCAUAUCAUUUGGCGCAAUGUAUGGCGUUGAAACCAUUAUGCCAACACUUUAUCAGACACAUUACGGCUUUGUCGCUUGGCAGACAGGACUCACAUUUAUCGGUGCUGGCAUCGGUAAUACGCUGGGUACAAUUGUCAAUGGUGUUCUAGCAGACCAACUCUUAUUACGCUCGAGGAAAAAACGCAACGGUAUUCCCAUGGUAGAAGAUCGUCUUUCACACAAUCUAUGGCCAAGCGGUAUAAUUUUUAUCCCACUCGGCUUGCUCUUGUUUGGCUGGCCCAUUGACUACAAUCUCAGCGUGUGGGCACCUAUCAUGGGCUUCAGCAUCCAGAAUUUUGGUAUGGUGCAACUGAUGACCUUAUCAAGUGCUUAUUUGGUGGAUGCCAUGCCAGGUCAAGGUGCUUCAGCUGCCGCCAGUGGAAAUUUUGUCAGAAAUGCGGGCGCUUGUUUGCUCACCAUUAUGGCGAACCCAAUGACGGAUGCCAUUGGACCGGGUUGGACAAGUGUAAUGCUCUCUGGAGUAACUUGGCUCUCGGUGAUAUUUAUCCUGAUUCUAAAAUUAUAUGGCGAGCAGUUACGUCGAUGGUCUGGAUACUAA